UUUCAAUAAGACCGUUCAGCAUGCCCGAUUUUCUCCUCUAUGCUAUCCCUUCUACUGACGUGGCGAGGCCAACUUCGAGCUCCUACUUGAUAUAGUGAGUGGACAACUUUCUGAGAGAAAGGGAAAGAUCUCAACCUCUAGCUCUCAAUUAACUUCAUCAAUUGGUUUCAGAUGGCUGCUGUUUCUGGUGUCCAUCCGGCUGCAGUACCUGAUUGGAAUAAUCUCAAUGUUCUUCAUAAAAACACACUUCCACCGCGAGCAUACUUUAACGUCUUUCCCUCUGAAUCGGAUGCCCUCACUUACGAUGCUGGGAAAGCAAAGUCCCUCUGUUUGUCAGGAGCGUGGAAAUUCCAGCAUUCACUCUCACCAUUUGAAGCCCCCGAAGGCUUUCAAGCCCCAUCGUUUGACACUACAUCAUGGAGCGAUAUCGCCGUGCCUGGCAUGUGGCAACUCCAAGGCUUCGGCAAGGGGCCUCAUUAUACAAACGUCCACUUUCAUAUCCCGGUCGACCCUCCAAAUGUUUCAUUUACCGAAAAUGAGACUGGGUCGUAUGUGAGGAAGUUUACCAUCCCUCAGGAGAUGAAGGGGUCUCAGAUUCGCCUUCGAUUCGAAGGGGUAGACUCUUCAUUUCAUGUCUGGGUGAAUGGUAAGGAAGUCGGCUACUCCCAGGGGAGCAGAAAUCCCGAUGAGUUUGAUGUGACCCAUCUUGUUGACGAGCAAGGAGAAAAUACGGUGGCCGUGAGAGUGUAUCAACUUUGCGACGGAACGUACAUAGAGGAUCAGGAUCAGUGGUGGCUGAGUGGCAUCUUCCGUGACGUAUUUUUAAUUAGCUUUCCCCGAGAGUCAAGGAUUGAAGACCUCUAUGUCCAAACUUUCUUUGACUGGGAAUACCGUGAUGCCGAGCUCAUGGUAAAGGUUAGCUUAACAGGAUCCGGCAACCUCAGGGUCAAGCUUCUCAACGCUGAACGCCAGACUGUUGCUAGAGUAUUCACCGAGUUCUCGAACGAACCGUUCCUUAAUAUCUCGUUCCCGAUCAAAAACCCGACCAAAUGGACUGCUGAAUCUCCGUACUUGUACCACCUAGUUGUGUCUGUCAACUCCGAGCAGUAUGUUUCGCAUCGCAUCGGCUUCCGUCAGGUACAAAUGAUAGACGGACUGAUUAAAGUCAAUGGAAAACGCAUCGUAUUCCGCGGGGUAAAUCGCCACGAACACCAUCCCAAAUUUGGUCGCGCUGUGCCCAUAGAAUUCCUCAAACAGGACCUUAUAAACAUGAAACGUCACAACAUUAAUGCUAUUCGCACAUCUCAUCAACUCAAUGAUCCACGACUGUACGACCUGGCUGAUGAGAUGGGAUUCUGGGUUAUGGAUGAAGCCGACUUAGAGUGCCAUGGUUUCGAGUCGAUUGCAGACAGUGCGCUAUCUGCUGAAGACCGUAAAAUGCCUUUUCGCCAACGCCAGGUCCUUACCAGAAGGGCGGCCGCAAAGUGGACCACUGACAAUCCUGAUUGGACCCACGCGUAUGUCGACAGAGCACAGCAUCUCGUGAAGCGAGAUCAACUACAUCCUUCCAUCAUUGUGUGGAGUCUUGGAAAUGAAGCAUUCUUUGGCCGGAAUUUUACGGCGAUGUAUGAAUGGAUUAAAACUUUCGACGACAGUAGGCCUGUUCACUAUGAAGCGGACAUUUGUGCCGAGACAGUAGAUAUGUUUUCGCGAAUGUAUCCACCUGUUAACGAGAUUGUAAAGUUCGGGAAAGAUGACAGCAAAAAAAAGCCAUUAGUGCUAUGUGAAUUCGUCCAUGCAAUGGGCAACGGUCCGGGUAAUAUCAAGGAAUACAUCGAUGCAUUCUACACGUAUCCCAAACUUCAGGGGGGCUUUGCUUGGGAAUGGGCUAACCAUGGCCUCCUGACGCAAGACAAGGAGACAAAAGAUCAAUACUUUGCCUACGGAGGCGAUUUCGGUGAGAUUCCUCAUGACGGGACUUUCGUGAUGGACGGACUAGUGAAUUCGGACCACACACCAAAUCCUGGCUUGAUCGAAUAUAAGAAAGCAAUUGAACCGGUACAGUUUCUCGAGGUGAUCUCGAACAAGGCCAAGUUUGUCAACCGUUACGAUUUCAUAGCGCUGAAUCACCUCAAAUGUGAGUGGACCAUUGCCUCUGACCCAGAGCGUACCGAUUCAGGCUCCAUUGAACUACCGCCUGGCGUGGAUCCGGGGCAAACUUUUGAGCUUGAGAUGCCCAAUUUAUCGGAUAUAAGAGGUGAGACGCUUGUCAACUUCUCGUUCCGCUUAAGCGAUGCCACACCUUUCUUGGAAGCUGGUUUCGAGGUUUCGACGGCCCAAAUUUCACUUACUGGACUAGAUCCCCUUCGGAAAGCUCCUUCUUCUGCCGGGCCGGAAGUACAAGUCCUUUUUUCUACUCUGAAUUCUCUUCAAAUCAAAGGCGGAAACUCGGCGUGGACAUUCAAUACUCUGCACGGCAAUCUCACAUCCUGGGUCAAGGACUCAAAGGAGCUUGUCUCGAAGUCACCAGAGAUCAACUUCUUCCGUGCUCCAACUGACAACGACAUUCCACAAGAUGGCUGGGACUGGAAGGACAAGCUUCUCCACCUUGCAAAAGUCUCGACUCGAAAAGUUGAAUGGUCGCAGGCUAGCAGCAGCGAGUUCACCAUAACCGUACACCAGCGAGUUGCACCUCCGGUCUUUUCAUGGUCUAUCGACUGCGUCUUAGCGUAUCAUUUCCUAGCGGACGGGUCUUUGACUGUCCACGCAACCGGCACCCCGCAAGGCCAGAAUCUACCCCGUACCCUCCCACGUAUUGGAUUCGUUAUGGAAAUGCCGAAAGAAUGGCAGCAAGUCCAAUGGUUUGGUCGUGGGCCUGGAGAAUGCUACCGUGACAGCAAGCUUUCGCAGCUGAUCGGCACAUACAAAGUUUCCAGUAUCGAGGAACUAUGGACUGAGUACGAACUCGAGAAUGGGGGUUCCUCCUUGUUUGUUCAAUUCGCAGAACUCUCGAGUACUGGCCGUGAAUUGAAGAGCUUCGACUUCCAGGCUUCGCACUAUAGGAUGUAUGAUGUGGCGAAUGUGGGACAUCCAUACGAAUUGAGAAAGUUUAAAAGAGAAGAAGUGGUCUUGAGGUUGGAUUGGCAGCAUCAUGGGUUGGGUAGUGGCAGUUGCGGACCAAGAACGUUGGACAAGUAUAGCCUCCUAACAGAGCCGUUUGAGUUUGAGGUGGUGCUACGUUAA